AUGGAUUAUUACAAGGUGUUGGGAAUCAACCGAGCAGCAGAUGACGAUGAUAUUAAGCGUGCGUAUCGCAAAAUGGCUUUAAAGCUUCAUCCCGAACGAAACCCAGCUUUGGAAGCCAAGGAAGAUUUUUUUAAAGUUGCAGAAGCGUAUCAUGUAUUAAGUAAUGCAAAUCGAAAAGCCAUAUACGAUCAAUAUGGCAGCGAGGGCUUAAAAAAAGGAGUACAUCCUAAAUUUAAUUUUGAUGGAUACAAAGGAGGAUACGAGUUUCAUGGAGACGCAGACGAAGUUUUUAACCAGUUUUUCGGUGGUAAAAAUCCAUUUUCGGACUUUUUUUCUCAGCACGGGGGGUCGGAAAAGGCUGUUUUUGGAUCCAGAUUUGGAGGUCUUCAUGGCAUGAAUAAAGGAGUUUCUGAAUCUGCCAUAGUGCAAGAUCCUCCCAUCGAGUUUGACCUUAUCCUCACGUUACAGGAGUUGUAUCUUGGAUGUGUAAAAAAGAUUAAAAUUUCUAGAAAGGUUCUCGACGAUGAUGGUUUUACUACAUCUCUAGUGGAUAAAAUAUUAACAGUGGAGGUUUGUCCUGGAUGGAAAGCUGGAACUAAAGUGAUAUUUCCUAAAGAGGGAGAUCAAGGUCCCAACCGUAUUCCUGCGGAUAUGGUUUUUACGGUGAAGGAGGAAAAGCACCCACAGUUUACUCGGCAGGGAAACGAUAUUGUGUAUUCUGUAGAUAUUCCACUAGUGAAGGCUUUGACAGGAUGGAAUAUGGACAUUCAAACAUUAGAUGGCCGUUUACUCAAGGUGCCAGUCAAUGAAACAGUCACUCCAAACCAAGUAAAAACAGUCCCUAAUGAAGGAAUGCCUAUUUACAAGCAAGCUGGAAAACGCGGCUCGCUGAUUAUCCAGUUCAAAACACAGUUUCCUACACAUCUUACUGAUCAUCAAAGGAUGCUUUUAAAACAAGCCUUUUCUUCAUGA